AACAAAACGGUGUAUUUCUGGAUAAUACUACUGUAGCUUAUGUAAUGUGGAACAUUCCAUUUUUUCGGUGCCAUUCAUGAUUUUUAUCAACCGCUGCGUUUUUUGCAUCGAGUAUCCGAGUUAAGCAAGGUUCGCCGCCGUCAAAGCGUUUCCGAUUCUCCACCACCGCCGUAGCUGCCGCCGUCAACCGUCGCCAUCGAUGUCGUCUUCUUCCGCCAACGAUGCCGAGGCUCUCCGGCGCAACCGCAUCCUCUCCAGCAAGCUCUACUUCGACGUGUCUCCGUCCAAGGUUCCGCUAAUCUACUCCGCGUCUUACGACAUAGAGUUUCUCGGCAUAGAGAAACUGCAUCCGUUUGAUUCGUCGAAGUGGGGACGCAUUUGUGGAUUCCUCGUUUCGUUUGGUAUUCUUGACAAAAAAUGCGUCGUUGAGCCUUUGGAAGCUUCCAAGGAUGAUCUUCUAGUGGUACACUCUGAAUCGUAUUUGAAUACCCUGAAGCAGAGUUCAAAAGUUGCUAUGAUAGUUGAGGUCCCUCCUGUGGCAUUAAUUCCCAAUUGUCUUGUGCAACAAAAAGUUCUUUUUCCAUUCAGGAAGCAGGUUGGAGGAACUAUAUUGGCUGCGAAACUUGCAAAGGAGAGAGGAUGGGCCAUUAACAUGGGAGGUGGUUUUCAUCACUGUUCUGCACAAAAAGGGGGUGGAUUCUGUGCUUACGCAGAUAUUUCUCUAUGCAUCCACUUUGCUUUUGUUCGGUUGAAUAUAUCAAGGGUGAUGAUCAUUGAUCUUGAUGCACAUCAAGGAAACGGUCAUGAAAUGGACUUCGCUUAUGAUAGCCGAGUCUAUAUCCUGGAUAUGUACAAUCCUGGAAUAUAUCCUUUGGAUUAUGAGGCGAGAAACUACAUAAAUCAGAAAGUUGAAGUAAAGAGUGGGACAGUUACUGAAGAGUACCUGCAAAAAUUAGAUGAAGCACUUGAGGUUGCUGGGCAUAGGUUUAACCCUGAGUUGGUUAUUUAUAAUGCUGGAACUGACAUCCUAGAAGGUGAUCCAUUAGGAAGGUUGGAGAUCAGUCCUGAAGGAAUUGCCCUUAGAGAUGAGAAAGUUUUCCGGUUUGCUCGUGAAAAAAACAUUCCUAUCGUUAUGCUCACUUCAGGUGGUUACAUGAAGUCCAGUGCUGGAGUCAUUGCAGAUUCAAUAGUCAAUCUUUCGAAGAAAUGCUUGAUAGAAACGAGUGGAGCUCCAAAGUCUACGUAAAGUGCUUCUGUGUUUUACUGAUCAUGAAUGGUCCCUUGUAAGAGUUUUCCAGAUCCUUUGUGUAUUUGGGUAUAGAAUGUUUCCAUUUUAGUGGAAACUUUGAUGUACAGUAUUUUAAUAUAAAAAAGAACUUAGUGUAGAUGAAAAUGUGUUCUACGUGAGUUGUAACAAGUCCGUAAAUGCUGCUGGUAUAUUAGUACUACAUAAUGCAUAAAUGAGUUGUAUAUUAUUUCAUCAUUUUUUUGGAA